CCUACUCCUACUCAACUGGAAAGAACUCAUCACUUGUCUCCACCAAAAAACAUGCAUCACCUAAGGCUUCAUAUCAAUCCUCUCUUCCUCCUCAUCUCCUUAUUCCUCCUCCCAUCCUUCAAUGUACUUGCUAACGGAGCUGCUCGAAAACUCGAUGAUUCGUCAGCAAAAAUAAAUCCAUUUACACCGAAGGCGUAUCUGAUACGAUACUGGAAAAAAUGUGUGACAUCUAAGUCCGAGUUCCCGUCUUUUUUGCUGGACAAGGCGUCGCCACUGACAGCGACUGAAUCAGCGAGUUUCGUGAAACUCGCUGAUCAGAACACCCUGUCCUCGCAUUUAUCUUCUUUUUGUUCUUCCGCGAAACUCUUUUGCUUCCCGGACGUGUCGAGCAGUCUAGAAAAACACAGGGAAAAUGCCAAUUUCACGUCCUACGUUGGCAAAAAUUUCACCAAUUAUGGUUCGGUGGGAAAUGCGGACUCGUUCAAAAAUUAUUCCGACGGUGAAAAUCUUCCAAUCAAUACUUUCCGGAGGUACGGACGUGACUCGGUCGGACACGACACUAAUUUCGCAAAUUAUGCACCUGACACUAAUGUUGCGGAUCAGAGGUUUCAUACCUAUGCCGCGGGAUCAACAGGUGGCGCAACAGGCUUUGAUAAUUACAACAAAGAGACGAAUGUUCCGAAUUUAAAUUUUAACUCGUAUUCGGCUCAGAGUAAUGGCCAGUCGCAGACUUUUUCGUCGUACACAGAAUCAGCAAACUCUGGAGUCGAGUCCUUCGCUAGCUACGGGCGCGAUGGAAAUGGACAGCCGAAUAAUUUUAUUAGCUACGGUGAGGACUCGAAUACGAUUGGAUCGAGUUUUUCGGGGUACGGGCAGAAUGCUAAUGCAGGGCAGAAUAAUUUUACUUCUUACGGAGGAAAUGGAAAUGUUCCGGAAAAUAAUUUUAGAAGUUACGGAGAUGCUGGCAAUGCAGGUGCUGAGAGUUUCGCGAAUUAUAGAGAUCAAGCGAAUGUUGGUGAUGAUACGUUUCGAUCGUAUGGUAAACAUUCGAAUGCGGCUAAUGCUAGUUUUGCGAAUUAUGGGAAUUCUUCUAACGUUGGAUCGGAUAGUUUUACUGGAUAUAGCAAAAAAGGGUCGUUUUCGGAUAUUGAAUUUAAGGGCUAUGGCCUUAAUAAUACGUUUAAGGAUUACGCGAAUAAGAGUGCUGCGUCGUUUUCUAUGUAUAAGACGAACAAUUCGCUAGAGGGGGCGGUGAAUAAGUGGGUUGAGCCGGGUAAAUUUUUCAGAGAGGAGAUGUUGAAGAGUGGAAAUGUGAUGCCAAUGCCGGAUAUCAGGGAUAAGAUGCCUAAAAGGGCGUUUUUGCCUCGGGUUUUGUCGUCUAGGUUGCCAUUUAUGAGUGCUAAGGUCGAUGAGCUGAAGACAAUUUUUCAUGCUAGCGAGAACUCCAGCAUGGCUGCAAUUCUGACAGAUACGUUGAGUGAGUGUGAAAGGGCUCCUAGUCGCGGUGAGACAAAAAAAUGUGUCAAUUCUGUGGAGGAUAUGCUGGAUUUUGCAAACUCGGUUUUAGGCCAGAAUGUUGUUGUUCGGACAACUAAGAACACAAAUGGGUCGAAAGAAGAUAUUCUGAUUGGAGAAGUGAAAGGAAUCAAUGGUGGUAGAAUCACCAAAGCGGUCUCGUGUCAUCAAAGCUUGUUUCCUUAUCUUGUUUAUUACUGUCACUCGGUUCCUAAAGUUCGUGUUUAUGAAGCGGAUAUUCUGGAUUCCAAAUCAAAGGCCAAGAUCAACCACGGUAUAGCCAUUUGCCAUGUUGAUACGUCUGACUGGAGUGCGAGUCAUGGAGCUUUCGUGGCAUUAGGUUCAGGUCCUGGUAAAAUCGAGGUGUGCCAUUGGAUAUUUGAGAAUGACAUGAACUGGACCGUUUCUGAUUAAGAUUUCAGUUAUUUAUUCGUUCGUGUAUGCAUAAAUGAACCACUGGUUUGAUGCAGAAUGUAAAACUGAGUUCAACUUUAGCUACUUUACUAAGUAUCUUCGUUAUUGAGUCAAUUAUGUAUUGUGCAUUGUGUAUUACAGUUGAAUGUUAAUGUCAGAGAUCGCGUUCUUUCUUUGAA